AUGAACAGCGCGGCCGAGACGGACGCCGCCGGCGACAACGGCAACCCCGCCGCCCCGGUGCUGGUGGUGGAGCGCGUGGUGACGGUGGAGUACCUUGAGCAGUCCAUGUCGCGGGGCCUCCUCGGCAAGUUCCCCGACUCCUCCGCCUACGACUUCGACUACUGCCAGAGUGGCAUCUGGUCCCCGGUCAACAAGAUCCCCAGCGAGUCGCCGGCCUCCGGCUCCAGAGACUUCCUCAUCGCCAAGCUGAAGCGCCGGGCGCGGGCCGGGAGCAGGCUCAAGGACGCUGCCGGCGGAGGCGGCAGCAGGUCGAGGUGGCAGCGCCGGCGGCUGCGGCGGGACGGCUCUUUCCUCGACCUCCACGAGACGGCGAGCAGGGCGAAGCUGGACUUAUCGCCGCCGCUGCCAUCGCCUGCCCCCGCCAAGAGUCCCGGAGCUCUCAAGAUGGCUUCCAAGAUCGCCGCCACGGCGGCGAAGGUGCCAGCGAAGACGAAGGGCCAGUGCAUCUGCUCGCCCACCGACCACCCUGGCUCCUUCCGGUGCCGGCUCCACCGCGCCAGCGGUAUGCCCAGGUCGAUCUCGUGCCAGCAGUUCGGUGACCCCCACACGGCGAGCUCCCCGCUGCUCUCCUCCGGCCACAUGCCAAGGUCGGCAUCUCAGCAGCAGUUCACGGCUCCUUCCGGCUCCGGCAUUUUGAGAUCGGCGUCCCAACAGCAGCUCCCGCGCUCCCUCGGUGUGCCAAGAUCGGCAUCGUGGCAAGAUUCUGCUCACGAGAAUUGA